CCUGUCCUGUUGAAACUAGCUCAGCGUGUUUGUGUUUUUAUCUGAUAGCACUAUGAGUUUAGCYAAGGGAACAGUGCUGCUGCUGCUGCUGGCGGCCAUCAGCUGUGAUGCAGCGCCGGCAGCUGAAGAAUGCGCCCCCGUGACCCAAAGGCUGCCAACAGCAGAUCUGCAUCAGAUUUUUGGCCACUGGGUUCUGGUCUGGUCCGUCUCUGGUCGUGAAUUGGGUCAAGCCUUGCUGGGAAAGCUAGCCAGCUCCCAUGUGGAGUUCAAACUUGACAAUGACAACAAAACUAUCGAUUACAUCGAGAGAAACCAAUUUGUUGAACAUGGGAAGCAUGACUCGUGUACAUCCUACUUUAUCAAGAUGACGAUGCCCUCAGAUGAUGCUGAACACCACACGAUUAAAUGUGAUUCCAUCCAAGUAGAGAAGGACGGAGCACCUGUUGUGUACAACGACACAGGAGUCGUGGACUUUUAUAAGACCUGCUCCGACUGUCUGCUGAUGACCUACACGACCCAGACGCACAAAUACCUGCUCUUCUACAAGAAGGAGGGGUCACAUCCAGAUGUGGAGCAGCAUAAAGCCCACCACGAUGAUCACAGGAAAGUGGCCGAGUGUUUGGGAUUCCCUCACAACCAACCAUUUAUCUACAAUGGAAAAGCAGACUUUUGUCACAAGUCAUCAAUUCUGAUAUCUGAAGAAUGCCGGCCUGCAGUUACACCUUUAUCUCUGGCCGACCCGUCUGUGAUUUUCGGCGACUGGGUUCUGGUCUGGUCCGUUUCCGACCACGACGAAGGCCACGACUUGCUGUCGAAGGUCUCCAGCUCCCACGUGGAGUUCAAAGGCCUCCCCAACGACCACGCUGUCCAGUUAACUGAGAGGAACGUGUACAUUGGAAGCCUUCACUCUUGUACCACCUACUUUGUCAACAUGACAAAGGUCUCUGGUGAUGCCGAUCAAAACACUCUUAGAUCUGUUUCAAUCAGAGUAGAGAAGGACGGAGCACCUGUUGUGUACAACGACACAGGAGUCGUGGACUUUUAUAAGACCUGCUCCGACUGUCUGCUGAUGACCUACAAGACCCAGACGCACAAAUACCUGCUCUUCUACAAAAAGGAGGGGUCACAUCCAGAUGUGGAGCAGCAUAAAACCCACCACGAUGAUCACAAGAAAGUGGCCGAGUGUCUGGGAUUCCCUCACAACCAACCGUAUAUCUACAACGGAAAAGCAGAUUUCUGUCACAAGAAAUCAGCUCCAGCGACAAAUCCUCAACAAGCCUGAAUGGAGCAAUGAAAAAGGAAAAACUAAAGGAAACYAAGCAUUUGUUAAACCUUUCACAAAUGUUACUUUAUUUUGUUUUAAUCCCAAUAAAACUGUUUUCAUCAAACUAUAA